GUUAACUUGUUGAGGCCUAAAAGGGGGAAAAACAGAGACUUGGGACUGAAGAAACUUAGAGCUCUCGCAGAAGAAUCAACUCUAAGACGUAAGGAGCAGGGGUUCCCCUGAAGUAAAACCCGUGGAAGCCCCCUGAUAUCCAGCCCUCCCAAGAUGGAACAUUUGUCAAGGCAGGAAUUAGAGAUUAUCCAUGAAAUUCCCCUUUACCGGCAUUUUGUGGAGAACUGGGCCCAGGUGGAAUCAUUCCAGGCCAGACCAGAUGACCUUCUCAUUUCCACCUACCCAAAAUCAGGCACAACCUGGAUUAGUGAAAUCGUGGACAUGAUUUACAAUGAUGGGGAUGAGGAGAAAUGUAAACGGGAUGCAAUUUUCAAUCGAGUCCCUUUCAUGGAAAUGAGCAGCCCUGGACUUGUAAGUGGCACAGAGCAGCUGGCUAAGGCGCCAUUGCCUCGGCUAGUGAAGACUCAUCUCCCAGUUCAGCUCCUCCCUGUCUCCUUCUGGGAGCAGGACUGCAAGAUGAUCUAUGUUGCCCGAAAUGCCAAGGAUGUGGCUGUCUCUUAUUACCAUUUCUACCAGAUGGCAAAGAUGCAUCCAGACCCCGGCACCUGGGAUGCAUUCCUGGGGAAGUUCAUGGCUGGGAAAGUGGCUUAUGGAUCCUGGUACGAUCACGUCAAAGGCUGGUGGGAGAAGAAAAAGGCCUAUCGAAUUCUGUACAUGUUCUACGAGGACAUGAAAAAGGACCCAAAGCGCGAAAUAGAGAAGGUGCUCCAGUUUCUGGGAAAGGACCUGAAGGAGGAAGUGGUGAAUAAAAUCCUCCACCAUACCUCCUUCCAGGAGAUGAAGAAGAAUCCUACUGCCAACUAUGAAAUGAUGCCAACCUGGGCUAUGGACCACACUGUGUCUCCAUUCAUGAGAAAAGGGAUUUCAGGAGACUGGAAAAAUUACUUCACCGUGGCUCAGAAUGAGAUAUUUGAUGUGCAUUAUAAAGAGCAGAUGAAAGGCUCGACAUUCAGAUGCCAAAUGGAGAUAUGAAGAAAGGGCUUUCCUAUAUUUCAUCAGACAAAUGCUAGCUGUCUAAAUACUAAGAUGGGUGAACUGGCGUGCCUGGCCUUAAAUGACAAUAUUGAUAUAAUAGGUGGAACUUGGUGGAAUGAAGAUAAUCAGUGGGUUUGCAAUAAUACAAGGGUACAAAAUAUAUAGGAAUGACAGAGCUGGUGGGGGAGUGGCACUAUAUGUGAAAGACAGCAUAGUCAAGCAGAGUAAAAAUCUAAAAUGAAUUAAACUGAACCACAGAAUCUCCGUGGAUAGAAAUUUAAUGUUUGAAUAAUCGGAGUAUAGCAGUGAAUCUACUACCGACCACCUGACCAGGAAGGUGAUGGUGACUUUGAAGGAGUUUAGAGAGGCUAUGAAGACAGAAAACCCAAUAAUAAUGGUGGAUUUCAACUGUCCUCAUGCUGACUGGGUACAUGUCACCUCAAAAAGGGAUACAGAGGUAAAAUUUUUAGACACAUUAAAUGACUGCUUCUUGGUGCAGCUUGUCCUGGAACCCUCAAGGGGAGAGGCAAUUCUUGAUUUUAAUCCUAAGUGGAGCACAGGAUAUGGCCAAGAGGUAAAUUAUAGCUGAAUGUCUCAGUAACAGUGACCAUAAUGUAAUUAUAUAUAACAUUCUUGGAGAGGGAGACGUGUCAAAGAAACCCACCACAAUAGCAUUCAACCACAAAACAGGGAACUACACAAAAAUGAGGAAGCUAGUUAGACAGAAAUUAAAAGGAAUAGUUACAAGAGUGAAAUGCCUGUAAAUUGCAUGGAGACUAUUUAAAAGCACCAUAAUUGAGGCAGUAAAAGGACCAAAAAAAUUCCACCAUGCUUAAGCAGCUGAGUAAAAGAGAUGGUUAGAGGCUAAAAGGCAUCCUUUAAAAAUUGGAAGUUAAGUCCUAGUGA